GUUCGGUAUUGUUCAUUCAGUCAGUUGUGCAAUUUGAGCUGUUUUAUACCGGCUGUGUUGUUUCAGAAACAAGGGAAACCCGGAAAUUCUAGCUAGUUCUUAUCUUCUCGUGCAUGCUGAAGUCUUCAAAUAAUUUCCUGAGCCCAAAACCCCACGCUAGCCAAUAACUUGAAAAGAUGAUGGAUGGACUUGAUGACAGCCCUGACUUGCUCUCUGAAGAAGGAGAAAAAUCACAACGGUCAGUCAGUGUGGAUCUGACAGAUAACUCACUUGUUGUUGAUAUAUCUGAUGCUCUCAGUGAAAAAGAAAAAGUUAAAUUUACUGUUCACACCAGGACAACGAUGAAAGAAUUCGAGAAGUCAGAAUAUUCUGUCGUAAGGCAGCAUGAGGAAUUUGUGUGGCUUCAUGAUGCUUAUGUUGAGAAUGAAAAUUAUGCUGGAAUAUUGAUUCCACCUGCUCCUCCAAAGCCAGAUUUUGAAGCAUCUCGAGAGAAAUUGGGAAAAUUGAGCGAAGGUGAAGGAUCAAUGACAAAAGAAGAGUUCACAAGAAUGAAGCAAGAACUUGAAGCGGAAUAUCUGGCGAUUUUUAAGAAAACAGUGGCAAUGCAUGAGAUUUUCUUAUGCAGAAUUGCAGCACAUCCAAGCUUGAGAACUGAUAGCAAUUUCAAAGUUUUUCUAGUGUAUGAAAAUGAGCUGAAUGUAAGGGGCAAAAACAAAAAAGAACUUUUAUCUGGAUUUUUCAAGAACAUAACAAAAUCUGCUGAUGAGGCAUUGAUCUUGUCUGGACAAAAGGAUACUGAUGAUUUUUUUGAACAUGAGAAAUCAUUCAUCACAGAAUAUCACAGCAGAAUUAAAGAUGCAACAGGGAAAUCUGAUAAAUUUACAAAGACUCAUAGACAAUGUGCAGAUGAUUGCUUGACUAUUGCCAGGAAUCUGCAAUCUUUGGCAACAAUCGAAUAUUCUAUUGGAAGCAGUCAUCAAUCCCAAUUCGACAGAUUAAGUUGGAACAACAAUAUGUGGAUGUUGUUGAAAGUCCAUGACACGUUAGAAAAAAUCAGGAAACUGAUGUCGAGAGUUUCAUCAGAUGAAGAUUUAAAAUUAUCAGAUCUUCUGCGUUAUUAUAUGCGUGACACUCAGGCAUGCAAGGACUUGCUAUAUCGUCGUGCUAGAGCUAUGGCAAAUUAUGAAACUGCAAAUAAAGAAUUGGAUAAAGCAAGAGCAAAGGGAAAGAAUGUAAACCAGGCAGAAAAGAAUCAAGUUGAAACUCGAGAGAAGUUUGAAAAGCUUUCUGAAGUUGGUAAACAGGAAUUAACAGAGUUCAAAGGUCGACGUGUUACAGCUUUUAGGAAGAAUUUAAUCGAGCUUGGGGAACUUGAAGUCAAACAUUCCAAGGCGAUUGUCCAAGUGCUGAAGGGCUGUCUAACUGCUAUUGAGCAGAGUUAAAUAGAGAUAUAGAGAGAGAUUAUUAGAAGACUAAACGGUUGAAUAGAAUCGAAUCAUUCUGAUUUUGUUGAUGCAAAAACUACUACUUGAUUGUUGUUAUGAUUGAUUGAUAGAUUGAUAUUUUAUCACCUAUAGUAGAUUUUCUAUUCUCUGCCAAACAUUUUUGUUGAGUAUUUUAUGAUCUGUUAUCAGUGAUAUGAUAUCUCUCUAAUCUAACUUGAAAUGUUCAGUUGCAAUAUUUUUCAUUCUUUGAUUUUUAUCUUAUAAUAAUGUGAUUUUUCGUGAUGUCAAGAAUUUGGUUUGAGUGAGGUAAUUUUGUCUUCAUGUUUCGUUAUUUUAAAAAUGUUACUUGAAGAUUCGAUAUUGAAAAAAGUAUAUUGUAUUGUUCUGUGGUAUCACAAAAGCUUGACUAUUCAUACAGUAAAAUCAGUUCCAUUAUGUUAUGCUGUGAAUAUACACAUAUGCUAAGAGUGGUAAGUUAUUUAGAUAAUGACAUCUCCAUUGUUGUGAUAAAUGUAAAUUGGGAGGAGUUUGCUGCCUUCUUUGAUAUUCAACUUUUAAUGAUGCUUGACGUUGAUCAUUGUUCAUAUAUAAAAGCCGAUAAGUUAAAAAUACAGCGUUCUAUUUUUUGCUCUGUUAAAUAAAUAUGUUUAUUCAAUGAUAAUAUAUAACAAUAUAUAUCGGAAUAUACCCAUGAAUAUUACUAUUUUGUCAUCUCUAUUUGUUAUUAUAGCUAUUAUGAUUUCAGCCAAAUCUUAUUUACUAGAUUGCUAUUGAAUUUAUAUUAUAUCACUUUAUCUACCAAUCAUUUAGAUUUAUUGUAUGAUGAUUGAGAAUUCUGACCUUGUUUUGUUGAAAAGUAAAAAAUUUUGAUUUCCAUUAGGAUGCAAGUUUGACUUGAUUGGCGAUCUUAAAUCUUUGACUGAUGUCACAUGUGAUAAUCCAUCAUUAUCUCUUAUUAAGCACAUAUUUGAAACCAGCAGUAUAUCAUAUGAUUUUUCUUACUUCGGUGCUAUUGAUUCGUUAUUUCAUCUGAUACUGAAUUUUAAGAAUAUCCCAAUAGGCUGGCUCGCUGCAUUUUGUAUGACGAGGAUAGAUUUACCUAUACUUGGAGUAUGAGUAAAAAAAUCCUUAUAAAUAUUCUGCAUCGGCCUAUCAUUGGAACUGUCAAAGUGAUAUAGGUGUAGCAUCAGUACAUUUCUAUGUUAAUUUCAAUGAUGCAGUUUGCUAUACUUGCUAUGAUUGGAGGUUUUCAUAAAAAUAAAUGUCAUUAAUAGGAUGUGGUAUAGAUAUUAUGCAAUUCAUAGUAUGUUAUUAUAAUCUUGUUUUAAUCAUCUGUUUUUGAUGCUUUUCGACACAAUAAUGCGACUUAGUGGAAUUUCCAUUUAUUGAUAGCUGAAACCUCAUCAAAACAAAUAUUUUUGCGUGGAGUCUCUGUAGACAAAUAUCUGUUUCAAAAUUUUUAUAGAGGAUGAGAAUAACAUUUUGUAAGUCAUGCUCUUGACUUGGCAGGUCGUCUCACUCAUUUUCUAUACUUAAGUGUAUUCAAAACGUUAUAUAUAUAUAUAUAAUAAACAUAAUCAUAUUCAUGAUGCAUAUUUUGUUAAAUUUAACGAUUUUUUGUUAGUUUACCAUCAAUUACAGAUCAAUUCUUUUUCGGUUGAAAUGAGUGUUCGCCCUGUGCUGUCUAGAAUUUUUUGACAAAAGUAACAUGUCUUGGAUUGAUAUUACACUGAUAGAGAAGUGCUGUAUAGUGGAAAUUGAUAACUUGAUGUUAACUGUGAUUUGGUCCGGUGUUGAUAUAUGUUUCCUCAGAUCCACAUUGAAGAUGCCUGAAUUCAUUUUACUUACUAAUAAUUGUGAUUUUGUGUAUGAUUCCCAUUUGCAAAAUAAAAAGAUUUAUAUUA